AUGCCGGAGUCCACGGAACCCUCGGCGCAAGCCCGGCUUAACGCAGACAUAUCCUUGCUUCGAGGAGUCCUGGACAGACUCUUCGUCCCUGGCGAGGAAACACAAUCCCAGGCGAUACGAGCGAAGGCCGCUUUCAGACUAGGAGCCAAACGAGAGGGCGGCGCCCCUCGUCCACUGGAAGUCGUCCUCGGAUCGAUGGAGCAAACCAAGUCUGUAUUCCAGCGUGCCUUCUGCCUGAAAGGGGAGCCCGUCAGGCUACUACGAGACCUCGACGCGGACGAACGGCAGAAGCUGAAGCAGGCAUUAGCCGAGAUCCAUGAGCGCCGAGCAAGUGAGGAGGCGCCCACAUUUCCGGUGGAACCCUCUUGCAAUACCAAACAGAGAGACUCCUCCGAUGUAAACUGGAGGAACGUAUCAUCGGCUGCCAUCGACAGGCGUAGCCGCGAGUGCAUAGCGUCUGCCAUUGUACGUAGUGUUUUGAACAAACGAGACGAGUUGGAGGCGUUUGUCGUGGAGCACUUCCCGGUGGCCAUCGCCGUCACCGAAACCUGGCUUGCCCCCGACGUUCUUGAAUCUGAGGUCUCGCUCCCGGGGUAUGCGUCAUUCCGUUCGGACCGUGCUCAACCAAGGAUGGGUGGGGGCGUCAUGCUGUUUAUUCGCGAAAGUAUACCGGUUACUCACCUCUACAGUUACGCGGAUCCUGACGGUCAGGGAGAAGCGCUGUGGUGCAAAACCAAAGUGUGUUGCAACGGCUACACGACGAUAGGGGUCUGCUACAGACCACCAGCGACAGCCCCGGUGGCCAUCCUGGACGAUAUGCGGCGAUGGGCUGGCGACGGCCACUGUUUGAUUUUGGGUGAUUUCAAUGUGCCCCUAAUCGAUUGGGACGAAAACCGCUGCCUACCGGGAGCGGACAAUUCUCCAGGGACCUCCUCGAAGUAUCGAACCAGUUGA